AUGUCGCGCCGUUCAUUCCUUUAUCUAGCUCUCUUGGCUCCUGUGACCACCUUCGCAGCGACACUUUCUGCUCGGACAGAUAGCCCAGAUCUCCCAAUCGCAGACCCCCUCCCAGCUGGUUGGUCCUAUUCGGGAUGCUUUGUCGACAGCGUAUCGAGCCGCAGCCUGGACUCAGCAUUCCUCCAAGACGAUGACCAGAUGACUGGUGUGGAGUGUAUGCAGUUUUGUGCUUCCAAUGGCUAUCCAUAUGCUGGCAUCGAGUACAUGCAGGAAUGCUACUGUGGCACCGCGCAGCCUACCAAUGGUCCCACGACUGGCUGCAAUAUGGGCUGUCGAGGGAAUGCCUCGGAGGCCUGUGGUGGCCAGGAUCGUAUCACUGUCUACGAGAACCCCGGACUCACCCCACACGUCUAUCCGGGGGAUUCGUGUUGGAAACCUCAAGGUUGCUACACCGAUUCUACAAAUGCCCGUACAUUCGAGCGUAGGGUCGCGAGUGGCGACGGCGAUGUCCAGACCUGUCUCAAUCAGUGCAAAGGCCAGGGAUUUUCAUGGACCGGACUUGAGUACGGCUCUGAAUGCUGGUGUGGCAAUGCUCUCGCCAUCACUGCCCAGUCCACCACAGAUGGCUGUGACAUGACUUGCCAGAAUGCUCCUUCGGAGUACUGCGGCGGCAAGGAUUCGCUGAAUGCGUAUCAAUUGGACUCUUCUUGUAGCGCUGGCAUCAUCACUACCACAACAUCAAGUACCACGACUACAACUACAACUUCUCCGACAACGACAACGGCCACAUCGGAUACAAUCACUACCACUAUCACUUCCGACACAACCACUACGACUGAAAUUACCCCAACCACACCUUCGACUACUACUACAACAACUACGACCACGCCUUCAAUUACUACUACGACCACCACCUCACCCACCACCACCACCACCACGACUUCGUCCACAACUACCACAACCACAAUCACUACGACCACCACUCCUUCAAUCAUCACAACUACAACUUUAACCAAGCCUCCGACCACCACCACCACCACCAAGCCUUCAACCACUACUACACCUAAUGCUCAAUGGUCAGGUGUUCCAUCCAUGCCUGGCACAACGUCAAAGAGCCCUUCUGCCAUCACAACCACAAUAACCAUGAAGUCAACGACAAAAGCGACCACCAGCUCCAUUUCUACCAAGCCAAGCACCACCUCAUGCACCACCACAUUCAAAACGAGCAUCAAGCCCAUCCCAUCCUCCACCUGCAAGCCCACCCUCCCCUCCAGCCUCAUCACCAACGGCGGCUUCGAAACCGGCCUCUCCCCCUGGCUCACCAGCAGCAGCAGCGCCACCGGCUACAUCUGCAACAAGACCGGCGCCUACGAAGGCUGCUCCAUCUUCAUCAUCACUCCCUCUUCCUCCUCCUCUACCUCCCACACCUACACUCUCACCUCCAACGCCAGCAUCCCUCCUACUACCACCACCGCCCUGAGCCUAACCCUCUACAUCGGCCGGCGCACCGCUUCCAUCCCCCCAGUUUCCAACCCGACCAUCACCGUCUCCAUCAGCGGCACCAGCUGGUCCAAGUCCUUCACCGCCUGUUCCGGCAGCAGCUGCAACCUUUCGGGCGCAAACGGCACGGUAUGGAAGAAAGUGACGGCGAAUGUGUCGCUGCCGCCGCCGGCGUCCAGGGCGGCCUCGAAGAAUGCGGCCGCGCUGGUAAUUACCGUUUCGUGGCCGAGCACGACUGUUGGGAAGUGCAAUUCCAAGGGCUAUGGAGAGGAUGAUGUGUUGAUUGAUGGUGUCGGCUUUGCGUGA